AUGGCCAAGUGUGGGGUGCCACAGAGAGUCCCGGGUAACUGCUUCAGACCUGUCUCAACUCACCACCGCGGGCAGAUCCCUUCUUGCUUCUCCAUCUGUUUCCUCACCCAUGAAGCGCAGUCCCUCCACGCCCUCGCCCACUCCUGGUGGAGUGGAGCUCUGCUGCUGCUGCUGCUGUUUCUCAUCCUCUCCUUGGAGCAGACCUCAACAUCAUACAAUGCCAAGAUCAAACAAAAAGUGGGAGUGUGUCCUAGGCAGCGGUUGGAAUGCAGAAACGAGAGUUUGAGCUCGUGCAAAACAGACUUCAACUGUAAGGAGCAUUUCAAGUGCUGCCAGUUUGCCUGUGGGAGGAAAUGCAUGGAUCCCUACGAAGAACCCUGCAUGCUACCCUCAGACAAAGGAAACUGCCAGGACAUUUUGACGCACUGGUAUUUCGACUCUCAGAAGCACCAGUGUAGAGCCUUUCUAUACAGUGGAUGUGGCGGGAAUGCGAACAACUUCCUCACCAAGACUGACUGUAGAAACGCUUGCAUGUUUAUUGAGAAGAAAGGACAGUGCCCGCUGUUCCCUUUCCAAAUGCGAAUGGAGUGCCCAGCCUCCUGUAAGAACGACAUGGAUUGCCCGGAGAAGGAGAAAUGCUGCGAGUCCAAGUGUGGCUUCAUCUGUGCCCGAGCCUGGCUAGUCAAAACAGGUUUCUGCCCGCGGAAGCCCAUAGUGUGCUCUAAGAUUGAUAAACCCAAGUGCCUGCAGGACAUUGACUGCCCCCUGGAUGAGAAGUGCUGCACCCGCUGUGGACUGAAGUGCUUGGAACCCAGAUAUUGA